CCAAGUCUCAGGAAGCAGUUUUAGCAAAACCAUAGCCUUUAACCGGUGGCAUUUAUUGAUAAACCAUCAAUUUUAACCACAUUCAAAUCUCAUCUGCUCUCUUCUCACUGGAUGCAUUGCAGUGACCCCAUUGUUGGAUUAAGCAUUUCGUAGCGAGUGCAGAGUAGAUGGACCGUGUUAGCAUUCUUCCAGACGAGGUUCUUUGUCAUAUACUGUCCUUUCUUACUACAAAGGAGGCUGCUUUGACUUCGAUUCUCGCCAAGAGGUGGCGCAAUCUUCUCGCAUUUGUCCUUUUUCUUACUAUUGAUGACUCUGUGUUUCUGCAUCCGGAAGAGGGUAAGCAGGACAUGGAAGAAGUUAAACAGAGCUUCAUGGACUUUAUGGAUAGAGUUUUGGCGUUGCAAGGUAACUCUCCCCUAAAGGUAUUCUCCCUCAAGUGUCUUACUGUGGUUGAUACGGAUCGUGUGGAUGGUUGGGUAAGCAAUGCGUUAGCUCGUGGUGCUGUUUCGGAUCUCGAUCUAAAGAUCAUUAUCCCAAGUGACAUAGGGGAAUUUUAUAAGCUGUCUCCAAAAUGCUUUGAUUGCAGCACACUUGUUAAGCUGAAAAUGAACUGUGUGAUUGAUCUUACUUUGGUUGCUGGUCGCAUUUUCUUACCGUUGCUUAAAACGCUGGUUCUUGACCAUGUUACGGUUUGUCCUAACGAGUUUGAGACUCUGCUUCAUGCUCUGCCUUCCCUUGAGGAAUUGCUUCUUGUUUAUGUAAUGUGGAAAGGAAUGGAGGAUGUCACAGUGUCAAGUUCAAGCCUCAAGACCCUGACAAUGAAGUUAGACUAUUCUUUAAAGACUUUGUUAUCUGAUACGCCAAGUCUCGUUCACUUUAAGUACUCUGGUUAUGCUGCAUUGGACUAUCCGGUAGUUAAUAUGGGAAACUUGGUUGAUGCUCAAAUCGAUUUCUUCUUAAGUGAUAGCCAACUCAAGCAACUUCGAGAACCAGAUAAUGAUGAAGAUGCUCAUCGUUAUAGUAAGGUGUGGAAAAUCUUUCAUGGCAUACCUUAUGUUGGGAAUCUUAGCUUGCUUCCUGAUACUCUUGAGGUGCUUUCUAUGUGCUCUGAAUCGAUGCCAGUGUUCACCAACCUCAAAUCAUUAACUAUUCGGAGUGACGAGGAUCGAGGAUGGCAAGCAAUGCCAGAUCUUCUAAGGAACUGUCCACAUUUAGAAACUCUUGUCAUUAAGGGUCUCGUGCACCGUGUGACAGAUAAGUGUGGGGAUGCUUGCGACUGCAUCUCUCGAGAGGACAAAGGACUUUCACUCAAACUUUGUCCAGUAAAAGUGAUGAAUAUUUACGGGUUUCGAGGAACAAUGAAAGAGAUGGCAAUGAUGAAGCAUUUCUUGGACUAUUUUCCAUGUUUGAAGGAGAUGAGGAUCUAUGCUGAAGAGAAUAAUAAUCCUACACGGCUAGGAAACCAUGAAGUUUGUAAACGUGUCUUGGAGAUGUUCCAACUCUACAGCAAGUUAUCUGAAUGCAACUAUGUUCAUUUGCUU